AUGGAUUUACAUCUCUCUCUCUCUCUCUCUCUCACACACACACACACUGUAUCUGUAUUUAACUCUUCCCAGACAAAUUUAAUAUCGUCAUGUACAUAUCAUCACCUUAUACUUCGUCUUCAUCCUCCUCUGUAGUUCUUCGUAGAGCUUCCUGCGGGCUUAGCUUCUCCUUGUCUCUCUCUAGACCUUCACUCUCUCCUCCUCUCUCUAGAGCUUCUUUGACCAACCGUCGAUCGCUGGAUUUUUCGUCUACUUUCCGGUAUCUCCGGUGGAGUCACGGUGGUAACUGGCGGUGGCCGCUCAGUCGUCUCAGGGCUCAGUUCAAAACCGUUGCGCCUGUAACUGAACGGUUCGAGCGAAAGAUGGCCACCAUGGCUUCUGAAAGUCCUUACAAGGAAAUAUUCAGGAGUCUUCCCAAGCCUGGAGGUGGCGAGUUUGGAAAAUAUUACAGCUUACCAGCCCUUAAUGAUCCAAGAAUUGACUUGCUUCCUUUCUCUAUCAGGAUACUUUUGGAAUCUGCAAUACGGAAUUGUGACAAUUUCCAAGUUACUGAAGCUGAUGUGGUAAAGAUCAUCGAUUGGGAGAAUACUUCACCAAAACAAGUUGAAAUUCCCUUUAAGCCUGCCCGUGUUCUCUUACAGGAUUUCACGGGAGUUCCAGCUGUGGUUGACCUUGCUUGUAUGCGAGAUGCUAUGAACAGGCUUGGUGGUGACUCUAACAAGAUCAAUCCCUUGGUUCCAGUGGAUCUUGUCAUUGAUCAUUCAGUUCAGGUGGAUGUAGCAAGGAACGAAAAUGCAUUGCAGGCAAAUAUGGAGCUUGAAUUUCAGAGGAAUAAAGAGAGGUUUGCUUUUCUUAAGUGGGGUUCAACUGCUUUCCAUAACAUGCUCGUCGUCCCUCCUGGUUCUGGCAUUGUCCACCAGGUUAAUCUUGAAUACCUUGGACGAGUGGUUUUCAACACAAAUGGCAUUCUUUACCCAGAUAGUGUGGUUGGAACUGAUUCCCAUACAACCAUGAUCGAUGGGUUAGGAGUUGCUGGCUGGGGAGUUGGCGGAAUUGAAGCUGAGGCAGCAAUGCUCGGCCAGCCAAUGAGCAUGGUUUUGCCUGGUGUAGUUGGGUUCAAAUUAUCAGGAAAAUUGCAGAAUGGUGUCACAGCAACUGAUUUGGUUUUAACAGUGACCCAAAUGUUGAGGAGGCUCGGUGUUGUUGGCAGAUUUGUUGAGUUUUAUGGCGAGGGUAUGGCUGAGUUAUCGUUAGCCGACAGGGCUACGAUUGCAAAUAUGUCCCCUGAGUAUGGAGCAACCAUGGGUUUCUUUCCUGUCGAUCAUGUCACAUUACAGUACCUUAAACUAACCGGAAGGAGUGAUGAGACUGUGGCAAUGAUUGAAGCUUAUUUGCGGGCAAACAAAAUGUUUGUUGAUUACAAUGACCCUCAAACAAAAAGAAUGUACUCAUCCUAUUUGGAUUUGGACCUAGCAAAUGUAGAACCCUCUGUUUCAGGACCAAAAAGGCCUCAUGACCGAGUUGCUCUAAAAGAUAUGAAGGCUGACUGGCGUUCAUGUCUUGAUAGCAAACUUGGAUUCAAGGGAUUUGGUGUACCCAAAGAGGAACAGGACAAAGUUGCAAAAUUUUCAUUCCAUGGACAGCCUGCGGAGCUCAAGCAUGGUAGUGUGGUAAUAGCUGCUAUUACCAGUUGCACUAACACAUCAAACCCUAGUGUCAUGCUUGGCGCUGGUCUUGUUGCCAAGAAAGCUUGUGAACUGGGCUUGGAGAUUAAGCCAUGGAUAAAAACAAGCCUAGCCCCAGGUUCUGGAGUUGUCACAAAAUAUUUGCUGCAGAGUGGGCUGCAAAAGUACUUGAACCAGCUGGGCUUUCAUAUUGUUGGUUAUGGCUGCACCACAUGUAUUGGGAACUCAGGGGAACUUGAUGAAUCAGUUUCCUCAGCAAUUACAGACAAGGAUAUUAUUGCAGCUGCUGUGCUUUCUGGAAACCGUAAUUUUGAAGGUCGUGUUCAUCCACUCACAAGAGCAAACUAUCUUGCUUCUCCUCCCUUAGUUGUAGCUUAUGCACUUGCUGGCACGGUUGACAUUGACUUCGACAAUGAGCCAAUUGGAACCGGAAAGGAUGCAAAAGGCGUGUGCUUCAAGGAUAUCUGGCCUAGUAAUGAAGAAGUUGCAGAGGUGGUUCAAUCUAGUGUUCUGCCUGAAAUGUUCAAGAGCACUUACGAGGCAAUCACAAAGGGGAACCCUAUGUGGAAUUCACUAUCAGUCCCUUCUUCAAGUCUUUAUGCUUGGGAUCCAAACUCAACCUACAUUCAUGAACCUCCAUAUUUCAAGGACAUGACUAUGGACCCACCGGGCCCUCGUGGAGUGAAGGAUGCCUACUGUUUGCUUAACUUUGGUGAUAGCAUUACAACUGACCAUAUUUCUCCAGCAGGGAGUAUCCACAAGGAAAGCCCUGCUGCAAAGUACCUGCUUGAGCAUGGGGUUCAUCCCAGGGACUUCAACUCUUAUGGUAGCCGUCGUGGCAAUGAUGAGGUGAUGGUACGGGGUACCUUUGCGAAUAUCCGCCUUGUGAACAAGCUCUUGAAUGGAGAAGUUGGCCCAAAGACCGUUCAUAUUCCAACUUGGGAGAAGCUCUCUGUGUUUGAUGCAGCAAUGAGGUACAAGGCUGUAGGGCAAGACACCAUAGUUCUAGCAGGAGCAGAAUAUGGAAGUGGAAGUUCUCGAGAUUGGGCUGCAAAGGGCCCGAUGCUACUGGGAGUAAAAGCAGUAAUUGCAAAAAGCUUCGAGAGAAUCCAUCGUAGUAAUCUCGUUGGUAUGCGUAUCAUUCCUCUUUGUUUCAAGCGUUGUCAAGAUGCGGAGACACUGGGCUUGACGGGUCAUGAGCAUUACACCAUUCACCUACCAAAUGAUAUCAGUGAACUAAGGCCUUGGCAAGAUGUUACUGUAACUACCGACACCGGAAAGAACUUCACUUGUAUACUCCGCUUUGAUACAGAGGUUGAGGUGGAGUAUUUCAAUCAUGGGGGCAUCCUUCCAUACGUCAUUCGGCAUCUGAUUAAGCAGUAAAUUAUGGAGCUUUUUUUUUUUUACCUAAAGUUUCUCAUGAGAGCCCUCGCCGGAUUUAGUUGAUAUGUCAACUGCUUGAGAAGAUCUUUCAUGCUUUUUUCUGUGACCUGUGUCGCUGCAGUGUAAAACGGUAAAAUGGGAGAAAGUUGGCUUCUUUUGGCAAGUCUCUUUACAGUUUGGGAUGUAAGAACUUCAAAUUAGAGCUUCUUGUUUGCUUUCUGUUUGGCAAUCUUACAGUUAAUGUGUAAAUGUAUUCAGAACUUGUUCUUUCUGAAAAUGGCUAGUCAGUGCUUUGACACGACAGUUUUACCG